AUGUCAGCUCAAAAAUAUCUUAUCAUUGCUUCAGCACUUUUGGUCCAGACCGUCUACAGCCUGCCCCUGAACUUCGGUAGUAUAUUGGGUAACACAGGUGUUGAUCUCGAACUUCAAGCUACCAGUACUGCGGCUGGUGGUCUUAGUGGCUACUUGGGAAAUGGUGGUCUUAUUAACAGCGGUGUAACGAAUGUCGGUGUAAACAGCUUUGGCUUUGGCAAUGGAGUGAUUGGUGCAGGUCUUGGAAGCGAUAUCGCUGUGAUUGGUGGUAGUAACGCUGGUCUCGUUGGUACUGGAUUAAACGGCGUGGCAUUGAAUGUUGGUGGCCUCAAUGUUGGUUCAAGCGGUCCGUUAGUCGUCACCUCCAUCUCUCCCAUCGGCCCCAGUGGUCUUGUAGUGGCGUCCGAGAACGUGAUCGAAGGCACUUUGUUAGUGAGCGGUUCUUUGCCGUUCCUGAGCGCGGUGGCGUUCGAGGGUGGUCUACCGACUGCCGGCAACGGCGUAGCCACGUGCGGCUGCGGUAAUGGUGCCGUAGGAAUUAUCAACCCCUAACUUUUCAAUUAUCUAUUCUGUUUACAUUUAAAUAAAUGCUUUUGA